CCCGGCCAUCUUGUGGGAAGAGCUGAAGCAGGCGCUCUUGGCUUGGCCCCACCCGCUGCAAUCCGUGGAGGAACGCGCCGCCGAGCCACCAUCAUGCCUGGGCAUUUACAGGAAGGCUUCGGCUGCGUGGUCACCAACCGAUUCGACCAGUUAUUUGACGACGAAUCGGACCCGUUCGAGGUGUUGAAGGCAGCAGAGAACAAGAAAAAAGAAGCCGGCGGGGGCGGCGUUGGGGGCCCUGGGGCCAAGAGCGCUGCUCAGGCCGCAGCUCAGACCAACUCCAAUGCGGCAGGCAAACAGCUGCGUAAAGAAUCUCAGAAAGAUCGCAAGAACCCGUUGCCGCCCAACGUUGGCGUGGUUGACAAGAAAGAGGAGACGCAGCUGCCCGUAGCGCUUAAGAAAGAAGGAAUAAGACGUGUUGGAAGAAGACCUGAUCAGCAACUUCAGGGUGAUGGGAAAAUAAUUGAUAGGAGACCAGAAAGGCGACCACCUCGUGAACGACGAUUUGAAAAGCCACUUGAAGAAAAGGGUGAAGGAGGAGAAUUUUCAGUUGAUAGACCGAUUAUUGACCGGCCUAUCCGAGGCCGUGGUGGUCUUGGAAGAGGUCGAGGAGGCCGUGGACGUGGAAUGGGCCGAGGAGAUGGAUUUGAUUCUCGUGGCAAACGUGAAUUUGAUAGGCAUAGUGGAAGUGAUAGAUCUGGCCUGAAGCAUGAGGACAAACGUGGAGGUAGCGGAUCUCACAACUGGGGAACUGUCAAAGAUGAAUUAACUGACUUGGAGCAAUCAAAUGUGACUGAGGAAACACCUGAAGGUGAAGAACAUCCAGUUGCAGACACUGAAAAUAAGGAGAAUGAAGUUGAAGAAGUAAAGGAAGAGGGUCCAAAAGAAAUGACUUUGGAUGAAUGGAAGGCUAUUCAGAAUAAGGACCGAGCAAAAGUAGAAUUUAAUAUCCGAAAACCAAAUGAAGGUGCUGAUGGGCAAUGGAAGAAGGGAUUUGUUCUUCAUAAGUCGAAGAGUGAAGAGGCUCAUGCUGAAGAUUCGGUUAUGGAUCAUCAUUUCCGGAAGCCAGCAAAUGAUAUAACGUCUCAGCUGGAGAUCAAUUUUGGAGACCUUGGCCGCCCAGGACGUGGUGGCAGGGGAGGACGAGGUGGCCGUGGGCGUGGUGGCCGUCCAAACCGUGGCAGCAGGACUGACAAGUCAAGUGCUUCUGCUCCUGAUGUAGAUGACCCAGAGGCAUUCCCAGCUCUGGCUUAACUGGAUGCCAUAAAACAACCCUGGUUCCUUUGUGGACCCUCCUCUCUGAGGUUUUGCAUGCUUAAGGAUCCCAAACGACUAAGAAAUUAAAAAAAAAAAAAGACUGUCAUUCAUACCUUUCACACCUACAGACUGAAUUUUAUCUGUUUUGAAAAUGAACUUCUCUAGCUACACAGAAGUAACAAUAUGGUAGUCAGUUUUGUAUUUAGAAAUGUAUUGGUAGCAGGGAUGUUUUCAUAAUUUUCAGAGAUUAUGCAUUCUUCAUGAAUAUUUUGUAUUGCUGCUUGCAAACAUGCAUUUCCAAACUUGAAAUAUAGGUGUGAACAGUGUGUACCA